UUACAUGUUGCUGUAGCAUAGCACAGUGUCAAGAAAUGAAUUAAUGUUUUACUGCAGAUUACUAUUUUUCUCCAAGGCAAAGGAUAUGAAUCCAGGAAAGAGUUUGAAGAGUAAAUGUAAGAAUACGAAAUACGGGAAAUUGAAGGGGCCGGGCUACUUCUCAAGUAAUAAAGUACAGUUGCAUAGGGAAGAAUUACUCGGUUGAAGCCAAGAAAGAGAGAGAGAGGGACCAUGAUAUCCAUUGGGAGGGCAACAAAAGGGUGUAAUCCUAAUUGGGUUGCCUUCAGGUACGUGCUGUGAGCUCACACAGACCCCAAAAAACCCAUGGUCUGUCCUUUGUCCCGGCAACCCCACGUGACCUUGUUUCACACUUUUGAAUUCUAUUAGCUUACCAUAUAUACCCCUUCCAACCCACUUCACUCUUUCAAAUACCUCUCUAAACUCUUUCUCUCUUGCUCUUUCCUCUCAAAUCUUAAAGAAAAAUCCGUCUCUCCAUUUUACCCACAAGUUUUACACUUCGAAAGAAAGAAAAUGGCUAUCUGGAAAUCAAACAAAUUGCCUCAAACAGCAGUUAUCAAGCAAAUCCUGAAAAGAUGCUCCAGCUUAGGAAAGAAACAAAGCUGCAAUGAACAAGGACUCCCUUUGGAUGUCCCAAAAGGUCAUUUUGUUGUAUAUGUUGGUGAAAACAGAGGCAGAUACAUUGUUCCUAUCUCUUUCUUGAACCGACCGGAGUUCCAAAGCUUGCUUCAUCGAGCUGAAGAAGAAUUUGGUUUUGAUCACGACAUGGGGCUCACCAUUCCUUGUGAAGAAGUUGUUUUCCGGUCUCUAACAUCCAUGCUCAGAUGAAAGAAAAACUAGCAAUCUUCAAGAUGAGGCUGGUUAAUGGUUAGGCCUGAUGAUAAACUAUUUCUGAGAAGUUGUUUUUCCUUUUCUUUCACCGAGUUGUUUGAGUAACUCUGACCCAAAAACCCAUGAAUAUUAUUUAAUUUAUCGGGUUUUA